CAACCACUUAAGUUCAUGCUAAAACAAAGAGAUGCUGGCCAGCCUAUGAGUUUUGUCUUAGAAUUUCACUUUGAACCCAAUGAAUAUUUCACAAAUGAAGUGUUGACAAAGACCUAUAGGAUGAGAUCAGAACCAGAUGAUUCUGAUCCCUUUUCUUUUGAUGGACCAGAAAUUAUGGGUUGUACAGGGUGCCAGAUAGAUUGGAAAAAAGGAAAGAAUGUCACUUUGAAAACCAUUAAGAAGAAGCAGAAACACAAGGGACGUGGGACAGUUCGUACUGUGACCAAAACAGUUUCCAAUGACUCUUUCUUUAAUUUUUUUGCCCCACCUGAACUUCCUGAGAGUGGAGAUUUGGAUGAUGAUGCUGAAGCUGUCCUUGCUGCAGACUUUGAAAUUGGUCACUUUCUACGUGAGCGUAUAAUCCCAAGAUCAGUGUUAUACUUUACUGGAGAAGCUAUUGAAGAUGAUGAUGAUGAUUAUGAUGAAGAAAGUGAAGAAGCAGAUGAGGAAGGGGAAGGAAAAGGAGAUGAGGAAAAUGAUCCAGACUAUGACUCAAAGAAGGAUCAAAACCCAGCAGAGUGCAAGCAGCAGUGAAGCAGGAUGUAUGUGGCCUUGAGGAUAACCUGCACUGGUCUACCUUCUGCUUCCCUGGAAAGGAUGAAUUUACAUCAUUUGACAAGCCUAUUUCAAGUUUUCUGUUGUUACCGUUUGCUGGUUUUU